CCCCCCGAGCAUCUGACCCUGACAUUCAUCGUUGCAGGGAUACUCCUUCGUGGCACCGUCCAUCCUCUUCGACCACAACAAUGCAGUGAUGACUGAUGUGCUGGAGGCACCUGGUGCUGGGCAUAGGCCUGGCAGGGCAGCAGUAGCCAGGAGUGCCAUGAUGCAGGACUCGCCCUUCUUCCAGCAGUAUGAGUUGGACCUUCGGGAGCCUGCCCUGGGUCAGGGCAGCUUCUCUGUGUGUCGGAGAUGUCGCCAGCGCCAGAGUGGCCAGGAAUUCGCUGUCAAGAUCCUCAGCCGCAGGCUGGAGGAAAACACACAGCGCGAGGUGGCUGCCCUUCGCCUGUGCCAGUCACACCCCAACGUGGUGAAUUUGCAUGAGGUGUUUCAUGACCAGUUGCACACUUACCUGGUCCUGGAGUUGCUGCGAGGAGGGGAGCUGCUGGAACGCAUCCGUAAGAAGCGGCUCUUCAGCGAGUCGGAGGCCAGCCAGAUCCUGCGCAGCCUGGUGUCUGCUGUGAGCUUUAUGCACGAGGAGGCGGGUGUGGUGCACCGCGACCUCAAGCCGGAGGUGGGCGCUGGGCCCAGGCGGCGGG